GGAGGACGAGGAGGAGCAGGCAGCGAAGGGAUGUGUGUGAGGGUGCGGGGAGGCGAGCGCUGACAUUUCUCCUCCGCCCCUGCUGGCCGGCUUGGUGGGGUCUCGGCCCUGCGACCCAGGGAGCCCUCUUGGGCGGGAGUGUUUCCUGAGACGGGUGGCCCCGCGUGGAACAGGCUGUGUCCAUCCAUCUCAUGUGCUGCGUGUUCCCGUAGAGCCUUGUUCCGUGCCGUCCGGCAGAGAGCUCCGUCUCGUCGCCUGUCAGGCCCUGCCCUGCCUCAGCAUGGCCAUCUCAUCGCGCCUCGCCCUGUGGGAGCAGAAGAUCCGGGAAGAGGACAAGAGCCCUCCACCGUCCUCGCCCCCUCCCCUUUUCUCUGUCAUCCCAGGGGGCUUCAUUAGGCAACUGGUCCGAGAGACUGAGAAAGAGUCCAAAGAAGCGAGACGGAGGAAGGAGGCAGAGCUCGCCUCUCCGGAACGAGAGACCCCAGACAUUUCCACCAGCCAACCCAACAGCAAAUCCAACAGUGGCGCCAAAUCUGGAAGCCAACAGAUUCCCCAGGACAGCCAGCCGAGCUCUGCCCAGGACUCAAGCAUUCUGGGCAAGGAGCGCGAGGGGGCCGGCCCCGCGGACCCCAUGCUGAUGACCAGCAUCAACGGCGAGAAACCCCAGGAGUCAGGCCCCGGCGGGACACCGGCCAAAAAACCUGUGCCCUUCAGGAGAGGAAUAAGAAGAGGCGACGUGUUGCUCAUGGUGGCCAAGCUGGACCUGGACGCCGCCAAGCCGGAGCAGAGGGCCCAGCCCCGUGAUGGCCCCACCUGCAAGUCCCCACCGCCAGCCACAGACCCUGGAGGGGAGAAGAAAGGGGAGACCCCAGGGCCUCCUCGUGGCCCCCAGGCCAGCACUGAGGAUGCAGCCCCGAAAGCUGAGAAGACUCAGACUGGGGGUCUUGGGGACCCAGGCCAGAAGGCACAAGGCACAGGGGAGAAAGGGGGCGGGGCCCCCCAGACCAAAGGGCCGAAAGGGGGUGAGGGCAACGAGGGGCCAGGUGAAGGGGGGCAACCACGGACGGCGGAGAAGGGGGCAGGGGACCCCCCAACCGAGAUGGCAAAGGGAAAACUCUCCAAGGAUGCCGGCGGGGAGGGGAGGUGGGCUGGGGCCCAAAUCCAGAUGAGAAGGUGGGGAGGUUCCCUGGGCAGAAGGAGUAAGUGGUACGGUCCCCAGAGUAAGAAGGACAGAGAGGGUGACCUCCUAAGUAAGGCAGAGAAGACAGAUGGACCUCAGAUCAAGACGGAGACGGGCAACGCACAGGGGAAGGUUGGCAAGGUGGGGGAAGCUCCCAGACUGACCGAGAAGGCAGGGGAGCCCCUGGGUGAGAUGGGGAAGGUGGGGCAGCCUCAGGGUGAGGCCGGGGAGGCAGAGAGGGCUGGGAGCAAGACUGAGAAGGGCUGGGAAGCCCCCAAGGAGGCGGACGCACGGGGGGAGACCCCAGCGGCAGCUAGGAACGCGGGCCGGCCAGACAGGAAAGGGCAGAAGGCAGAGGAACCCUGUGCCAGAGUGGACGUUGGGGCCAAAGCUUUGGAGACGCUGCUGGCAGGACCCAGACCCCCCGCUCUGGAGAGCCAGGCAGAGAGGACUCAGACACACAAGGAGAACCAAGAGGGGCCGGCCCUGCAGGAGGGGGGCAAUGGAGGCCAGAGUGGAGCCUCUGACCAGGACCAGGCUCCAGAAGACAGAUGGUACGAGGCCGAGAAAGUCUGGCUGGUCCAGAAGGAUGGAUUCACCCUCGCAACGGUGCUGAAGCCAGACGAGGGAACAGCCGACCUGCCAGCAGGAAGGGUGCGCCUUUGCAUUGAUGCUGACAAAAGCAUCACCGAGGUGGAUGAGGAGCAUGUUCAUCGGGCCAACCCCCCCGAGCUGGACCAGGCCGACGACCUGGCCUCCCUGGUCAGUGUCAACGAGUCGAGUGUCCUGAACACGCUUCGGCACCGCUACGAAGCUGGGCUGCUGCACACCUGGACCGGGCCGGACCUGAUCGUCCUGCAGCCGCGGGGGUCCCCGGCGCCUUCUGCAGGCAAGGUGCCCAGAUGCCGCUGGGACGGCCUGCCCGCCCACGUUGGCUCCCUGGCCCAGCGGGCGUACUGGGCGCUACUGAACGAGCGGAAGGACCAGAGCAUCGUGGCCCUGGGCCGGAGCGGCGCCGGGAAGACCACCUGCUGCGAGCAGGUCCUGGAGCACCUGGUGGGGAUGGCAGGCAGUGUGGAUGGCACGGUCUCAG